CUUAUUACCGCGUUUACUGUCGACAUUAAUUUUACAGGGUGCUGGAGAAUUCGCCGAGGCUGCAACAAGUUAUAGUUGUAAGAACUGUUAUGUGCCUGAUAAAAAUCCUUUCAUAGAUGAUAAUAGGUGCUUCCUAAUAUGCGGGUAAAGAAGAUUUGCGUAAGAUCCUGGGGCCACUGGGCAAAAGGAUAGAGGUGCACCAGUGGACAAGGUCCAAGAGGGGUCAGUGGCUUUGCAGGUUGUUAGGUAGAUCCUGGAAUUGGAACUCCUGGCUGUAAAGGAGAGCCCGGACAAACAGGUCAACCCGGAUUGCCUGGGGCUGCUACAGGCGCUGGAAGCAAGGGGAUAAGGAGACCCUGGUAAUGAUGGAAAACCUGGACGGGAUGGAUCUAAGGGAGAAGCAUGUGCUAGAUGACCUCCGGGAUUGCCUGGAAACCAAAGUGACGACAGUGGAAGGGGAAUCGUGGGGCCUGAGGGACCUAAGGGCAAAAGGGGUCCACCUGGAUACCCGGGUCAGAACGGUCUGCCAGAUAAUAAAACAAUGUCAGGAUGGUGUGGGAGAGAGAGGACCCAUGGGACCACCAGGACCACCUGGAGACGCGACUGCACUGCGGGGCCCACUGGGGCCACCCGGAGCACCUGGUCUGCCCGGAACGGGAUCUGGGUCUGGAGGUGACGGAGCUGCUACCCCGGUUCAGUUUGCUGACAAGUCUGAGCUCAAGAGAGCAGCUUACAAAAUUCCAAUUGGAACGCUGGCCUUCGUACUGAACACAGAACAAGUGUAUAUACGCGUUUCCCAGGGUUGGAGAAGUAUAACGCCUGGAAAUGACUUAAUUCGUUUGCUGCCAGAAACACCAGUGGAACCUGUUGAGGGGGAGACACGUGGCCAGCUGGCAGCCAAGAGCAAACUGCGUCAGGAGGCAGACGAGAACAAGGCCCUGAAGACUGAGGCAUACAACUCGCAGGACAGGCUGGUGAAGUCACGCCGCAAGCCGCACGAUGGUGACGAAAACAUGGAGUUGGAGAAGCAGCGCUCCAGCAUGGUAGCCUUCGAGAAGAAGCAGCCCAAGUUUGAUCACCUACAUGUCUUAAAGAGGCUGCUCCAGGAGAAGGACGCUGCAGAGAAGGAGAGUCGUGACAAGGAGACCAAGAUCCUGAACCUGAACACGAAUGCCAAGCAGAAGCAGCAGAAUGACAUGAAAGACUUUGAGCAGCAGGUGCAGGCUCAGAUGAAGGACUUUGGUCGUGAGCUCGACGAGGCUGGAUGUGCCAGGGACGAGAUGCAGGGACCGUUUAAAGAGAAUGAGAAGCGCCUGAAGACACUGGAGACAGACAACAUCCAACUGCAUGAGAAGCGCCUGAAGACACUGGAGACAGACAACAUCCAACUGCAAAACAACCUGGCUGCUACUGAGCACGCAGCAAGCAAUGCUGAGGCAGAGAGGUCUGCACUGCUGAAUGAUAAGCACAGCCUGAAGGCCAGGAACAGCCAGCUGGAAAUUGAGCUGGAGGAGAAACAAUUCUCCAACGCUGACCUUGUGGUUAAGACACGCGAGGCAACCAUGCAGUUUGAGAAGUGCCAGGCAGACCUGCGUAAUGAGAGCCAGAGGUUGCAGCUGGAGGUCAAGGACUUGAAGGAGAAGCUGGCCAAGGUUGAGGGACGGCUGGGGAAAAAAAAGUGGAAGGUGGCAACCCUGAAGGAGCAGCUUGAUCUGGAGAGAAAGGAGCGUGGCAACAUGCAGCUGGCCAUCCGGCGCCUGGAGAAGAAACUGAAGGAGGAGCGUCGCAAUGCCAACCAGUACAAGGAUCAGAGUGAGCCCAGUGAGGAGGAAAGGGAAGAAAUGCAGGAGCUAGAUAAACCCAAAGAGACAAAGAAGGAAAAAAAAGCAAGAAAGAAAAAGGUGGAAGAAGAAGAAGAGGUUGAGGCAAACGACGCCAAAGAGGUCAAAGUUGGUGAGGUUGUAAAGGUUGAACCAAAGAUUGUCACCAUGGAAGAUUUGGAAAAUAAGAAAGAGAAAAAGAAUAAGAAGAAAAAUAACAAGGGGAAAGCGGAAGAAGAGAAAGCAGACAAGGCUGGUGAAGGUGAGGAGGAGGAAGGUGGCACUGUAAAAACUGCUGCUCAGAAAAAGAGGGAGAAAAAGGAAUGGAAGAAACAGAAAAAAAUGGAGCAGAAAAAGAAGCAGGCAGGCAAGAAGGAGACCAAGGAUGCAGCAGAAGACAGGGAAACGAGGCCUGAAACCAUGGCGACAGAAACUGUCACGGCAACAGAAACUGCCAAGCCAAACACUGAUUCCAGUCUGUCAGUGUUCACCAUGAGCCAGGAGAUACAGAGCAAUGUUAUCAAGGGAAAGAUCAAGCUUCUGCUGGACCAGCUAUGUGACCAGUUCCGGGAGGAGUCAUUCCUACUGAUGGCCUGCUUAGGGGACGGCAGCCUCUCACAUCUGCGGUCCAGGGCAAGCAAGGGCUUCCUGAAGGCCCACAAAGACAUCAAGUCACAGUUCCUGGAACACUGUCUCACACGUGAGCAUAAGAAGUCAAAAGAGAUGAGGGCUUCCCCCAUUAAGCGUCAAGACACCUCCACCGCUCACAAGCGCCAGAAAGUGGCGCACACAACCCAAAUUCAGGCUUGUAAAUCAAAGGUGACAAGUAAGAUUGGUGAGGAACAAAUAGAAAAAGCUGAACAGCAGAUGUGUCCAGGUCCCAGCACACAUCCAGCAUUACAGUACAUUAGGAGUAACAUCUUCCGUGGUUAUUUUCCGGCUGAAUCAUUUUACCCUCGCGGAUGUUAUGACUGACAACCAGAUGGAAAAUCCAGACCUCCAGUCAUAACAGAAUAACUGACCCAGAAAUGUGGGUGUAGGUCCAGACAAGCCUCAGUGCACAUGAAUAAAAUAGAUUAAUAAAGAUAGAAAAAAGAACAUGUAUAGUUGUCUUUAAAGUGUUGUAUAUUUGAUUGUUGUCAUCUCCUCAUAAUGAUAUCUUUUAAAUCAAUUUUUUGUUUACAAUUAUACGUAAAACUUGGGCAAAAUUAAAAAUAUUUAGUUUUGUAGAAAAGUUCUAUAUUUUCGUUUCGUUUCAUGAUUUAGAUCUGUAUGUACUUAGUGCAAACUUGUCAUCUUCUUAUCAUGUGCUUUAAAGUGUUGUAUAUUUGAUUGUUCUCAAUCUCCUCAUGUUUUAAAUCAAUUUUUGGUUUACAAUUAUACUUAAACCUUGCGCAAAAUUAAAAAUAUUCAGUUUUGUAGAAAAGUUCUAUAUUUUAUUUUUAUGAUUUAGAUCUGUAUCUACUAACUGAUCAUGGUCUUUUCAUAUAUUGCCUCAUAACAUUUACCAAAGUUACUAAUUUCUGUUUCAUGUUACUUUAGUUCUUUAAUAUACAAUCAAUACUUGGUAAUCCCACAUGAUUAUUUCACAGUGCCUUUUAACAGUGGUUGUUCACUUUAUUACAUGAGUGUUGGCUUUGAUUUGCUUGUUUCAUGAUAAUUUUCUUGGGGCUGAUGGUAGUUAUUUAGUUCAUUUUGUUUUAUUUUGUUAUGUUAUGCUUUGUCUUUUUUUGCAUAUGCCCGUUUUUCAAAACGGGACGUAUUAUAGUUUCACACUUGGCAGGUGGGCGGGCGGCGGCGUCCACAGCAGUGUCCGCUCACUAAUUAAAACAGUUUUCAUCCGAUCUUCACCAAACUUGGUCAGAAGUUUUAUCUAGACAAUAUCUAGGUCAAGUUUGAAUAUGGGUCAUUCCAGGUAAAAAACUAGGUCACAGGGUCACUUAAUGCAUUUCAAGGAUUUAGCAUGGUGUCCGCUCUCUAAUUGAAGUAUUUUUCAUCCGAUCUUCACCAAAUUUGGUCAGAGGUUGUGUCUAAAUGAUAUCUAUGUCAAGUUUAAAUAUGGGUCAUGCCGGGUAAAAAAAUAGGUCACUUAGUGCAUUUCAAGCAUUUAGCAUGGUGUCUGCUCUCUUAUUGUAGUAGUUUUCAUCUGAUCUUCACCAAAUUUGGUCAGAAGUUGUGUCUAGAUGAUAUCUAGGUCAAGUUCAAAUAUGUGCUGCUUAAUAUUCAAAAAUAUAUCAUUUUGCCUCUCAAAAAGUAAAGUUAUCAAGUUGUCCAAAACCUUCAAACGUGCGUAUCUUGUAACAAUUUGGCACUCUUGUUUAUUAUUUAUAUGUAUGGUACAAUUGUUAUGUUGAAUCUCAUAAGUAAUAUUUUUUUAUAUAAUUGUGACAGUGUCUUUCAUGUGACACUGCAUGCAACUUGAUGAAUGUAUUACUAUCAGAUUGUGGAGAAUGAUAUUGUAUGUUAACACGUUUUUUUCCAGGGAUGGCACUUUAUGCCUCCAAAAAUUGAUGUAACCUGUUUUUGGAAGCCACAAUAAAUAUAAACAUUAACAACAAGCAUGGCAAAUGUAGAUUUUACUCAAAACAGUAGUCCCAAAGAACUUGAGUGUAGGAAAGUUUUCACUAAUCAGGGUUGGGUUAAACAUAUCCAAUAAUUAGUUAUCAUUCAUCAAUAAAAGGUGCUGAACCGUUUAAAUAUUUAUGUCAAGUAUUUUUUGGAGAAAAUGGAUUAUAAAAAAGUGUUGUUUUUGUCCCCUACCGGUUUUACCGGAGGGGACUUAUGGUUUGCACUCUGUCUGUCUGUCAGUCAGUCAGUCAGUCAGUCAGUCAGUCAGUCAGUCAGUCAGUCAGUCAGUCAGUCAGUCAGUCAGUCAGUCAGUCAGUCAGUCAGUCAGUCAGUCAGUCAGUCACACUUUUCUGGAUCAUGCGAUAACUUUAAAAGUUCUGAAUAUUUUUUUCAUGAAACUUGAAACAUGGAUAGAUGGCAAUAUGGACAUUAUGCACGUCAUUUCAUUUUGUUCCUCCGUCAAAAUUCUGGUUGCUAUGGCAACAACAAAAAUUCUGAAAAUGGUGGUAUUUCUGACAAUGGUGGAGCCUGUAGGGGACUAUAUUGCUUGGCAAUAGUCUUGUUUUUAAUAAUUUUUAACUUUCUUUAAGUAAUCAGAAAAAUAAAAUGUGUGUGUUGAAUGUUAUGGGACAUUGUACAAUUAUUUAAUUUGCAACAAAAAGUACGUAAAUGUUCAAACCAAUAAGAAAAUAGCUGCCAUAAUUAUCAAAUUAUUGGUUGAAUAUUCUCUUGUUGCCACUGUCAUUUAAGGCAUGUUAUUGACAAUAUCUAUUGUUUCAUUAAAAUGUUAAGACUGCUUUCUCAUUUGCUAUGGAACAUGAUACAAGGUUAACCAGUUAAAAAGUAUGUUGUCAUUUCUUAAUUUAAUGAACCAAAAUAAAUACUGGGGGUCAAAUUCUUAAGAAAACUUGACGAUUCAGGAAUAUGUAAAAGCCAAACUUUUGCCUUGUUGAGUGUUUUAAAGUUGUUCUUAGAUUUGACUAAUUAUUUGUAACGCAUGUAUACAAUGUAAUUAAUUUAUUUAUGUUUAUGCUAAAAUACUGUAAACCUAAACCAAGUAUAUAUUUUUCCAAAUUUGAGAAUUUAAGAAUUGAAACUUUUUGUAAGUGUCUUAACAGGACAUUUAAUAAAAAGUAUAAACAAAA